UCCCAGUCCCAGUUAUAAGUUAUAACCCAAUUACAGCCACUCAAUAACAUUUUAUUCUUCAAAAGUUUUGUUCACUGUGUAUGCAUCAUCAUCAUGGUUCAUAAACAACUCACCAAUAACACAAAUUCUAACAUACCACGUUACCCAUAAGGGAAUAACACAUAAUACAAAUGCAUAUAUAUACACAUUGUGUUUUCUCUGCUUAAGUCUUGUGCUCUGAAGAAAAAGGGGUCUUGAGUCUUCUGGUUAGAAUGGCGAGUAACGACAACAGCGAAAACAGGAACAAGAAGAGCGAGAAAGAGAAGGACUAUGAGGAGUUUAUAUUCGAACAGAAUGAAGAAGCUGAACCUCAAGACAUUGAAGCUGUCAAGUUCGAGAGCGAAAGCAGCAGUGGGAGUGGCAGUGACGACGACGACGACGACGAUGGGAAUCGUCAUCGCAGAGGACAUCAACCUGAAUCAUUCACUUCUCAGCAGUGGCCUCAAAGUUACAAAGAGACUACAGAUUCUUAUACCAUUGCUGCAGCACCGAAUUUCGAAUCAUUUCUACGAGGGCCGAGUUUUCUUUAUUCGAGUUUCGCGCGUUCAAAGAGCAACUUGGAGAUAGAUGGAAAGACUCCUUUACUGUCAGGUCAUGAAGGCAUCACUCGAUCAUCAACAUGGUGGGAGAAAGCUUCAAUUCAAAGGCAUGUUACGGGAGAAUUGCCUAUUGGUUAUGGAUGCAGCUUAACUCAAACAAUUUUCAAUGGGAUUAAUGUCAUGUGUGGAGUUGGUCUUCUAUCCACACCAUAUACUGUGAGACAAGCAGGGUGGGCCAGUAUGGUGGUGAUGCUUUUUUUUGCCAUUGUAUGCUGUUAUACGGCCACCCUUUUGAGACGCUGCUUUGAAAGUAAAGAAGGAAUCAUUACCUACCCCGAUAUAGGAGAAGCUGCAUUUGGAAGAUAUGGCCGUAUUGCUGUAUCAAUCGUUUUGUACACUGAAUUAUAUUCAUACUGUGUGGAAUUCAUUAUCUUGGAAGGAGAUAACCUUAGUAGUGUGUUUCCGGGAACUUCCAUAGAUUGGGGAGGUCUCAAGUUAGACUCUGUGCACUUGUUCGGAAUUCUGACCGCACUUCUUAUUCUUCCUACGGUUUGGUUGAAGGAUCUUCGCUUAAUCUCUUAUCUAUCAGCUGGAGGGGUUGUUGCAACAAUAUUGAUUGUGAUCUGUGUUUUUUGUGUUGGGACAAUUGAUAAUGUUGGAUUCCAUCACACUGGUGAAGUGGUGAGAUGGAGCGGCCUGCCAUUCGCCAUUGGUAUCUAUGGCUUUUGCUUUGCAGGACAUUCCGUUUUUCCGAAUAUCUACCAGUCCAUGGCGGACAAAUCACAAUACCCCAAGGCAUUAAUAACAUGUUUUAUUUUGUGCGUUUUGAUAUAUGGAGGCGUUGCAGUCAUGGGAUACUUCAUGUUUGGUGACAGCAUUUUGUCCCAGAUAACAUUGAAUAUGCCAAAGGGUGCAUUUGCUUCCAAAGUUGCAUUAUGGACAACAGUAAUUAACCCAUUUACUAAAUAUGCUCUGUUGAUGAAUCCACUGGCAAGGAGUCUAGAGGAGUUGCUGCCUGAAAGAAUUUCUAGAACUUACUGGUGCUACAUUCUUCUUAGAUCUGCACUGGUUGCAUCUACGGUUUGUGCUGCAUUUCUGAUUCCAUUUUUUGGAGGUCCUAAAAGAGAAACAUAAUGUUGAUAGAAGCUUCAAAAUCAAAUAAGGGAUCACCAGAAAACCCUUGAAGUCGGCCUCCAUUUGCAUCGCACCAGAAAACAUAGGAAAGAUAUACACUUGGACUUGAGGCAUACUGCAAACAUGCAAGAUAACAAAAUUUUACAGUAUGUUAGCAACUUGGCCCUGUUUGCAAACCCCUAAUAAGCAACGGGUAGCCGGGAAGUCGGAACAAAAGAUGGUAUACACAGGCAUAUGCAAAAAUCACUGGUGAAAUGUUUAUAGUGAUUGGCUGGUCCAACGGUAACCAACAGCCGACAGGCUCUACAACCUUGGCUUGAUAGAAAGUGUAGCAGUCAGGUGUCCACUAUGAAUAGUUCUGAUAGGGUUGAAAGUUGAAGAGUCAGUUUGAAAUGAAAAGAAUCGUGAAGGUUAUGGAUAAUUACCUCCGGGCCAGAGCUACUUUUCAAGGCCAUCGUCUAAAAAAUGGUUUCAAAUCAUUGUGUAGUAAACAUACUUUAUGUUGAAGUUCAAAACU